AUGGCUACUCUAGAGGAAUCUCGUCUCAUUGGGAGAGGGAAUGAAAAAGAGGAAAUCAUCAAACUAAUCUCAAAUAAAGAUCUCCAGCAAUUUCAAGUGAUAUCCUUGUGGGGAAUGGGUGGUAUCGGAAAAACAACACUAGUGAGAGAUAUUUAUCAAAGCCAAGAGAUUAGUAGCAUGUGUGAUAAGCGUGCUUGUGUCACAAUCAUGCGAUCUUUCAACUCAGCAGCACUCCUUGAAAGCUUAAUUAUGCAAUUCAGAGAUAAGAAUGAAGAUAAAAAUGAGAAAGAUUUAAGAACAUGUUUAGAAGGAAAGAGAUAUUUGCUUGUUCUUGAUGAUUUUUGGUCCAGAGUAGAGUGGGACUCUAUAAAAGAGUAUUUGCCAGAAACUGCAGGAAGCUGCAUAAUAGUCACCACAAGGGAAGAGAAUAUUGCCAAGCACUGCUCAAAGAAUGAACGAAACAUAUACAUGCUCAAACAUCUGGGUCCUGAUGACGCAUUUGUCCUCUUCACCAAAAAGGUAUUUAAGGAGGCUGUAAGUUUGGAUGAGCGAUAUCCCGAGUUGGUUGAACCAACAAAACUGAUAUUGAAGAAGUGCAGAGGGCUUCCCCUUGCAGUAGCCACCAUAGGUGGCUUCUUGGCAAACCAACCAAAAACUGCUUUUGAAUGGAGAAAAUUGAAUGAUCAUAUCAGUGCUGGGUUGGAGAUGAAUCCAGAACUUGAGACCAUAAAAGCAAUCCUUAUGAAAAGCUAUGAUGGUUUACCCUAUUACCUCAAGGCUUGCUUCUUGUAUCUGGCCAUCUUUCCUGAAGACCAGCAGAUUGCACGGAGACGCUUAGUGCAUCGUUGGAUUGCAGAGGGUUACUCAAGUGAGAUGCGUGGCAAGUCUAUAGAGGAAGUAUUGGACUCUUACAUCAUGGAACUCAUAAGAAGGAGCAUGAUCCUGCCAUCUCAACAGUCAGUUCAUAGUAGGAAAGGAAUUGACUCCUGCCACGUCCAUGAUCUCACUCGUGAAAUUGCCAUCUCAAAGUCUAUGGAGGAAAAUAUUGUUUUCACACUAGAGGAAGGGUGCAGCUUAAACAACCAAGGCACAGUGCGUCAUCUUGCUAUAAGUAGCAACUGGAAUGGUGGUCAGUGUGAGUUUGAGAAUAUACUAGACUUGUCGCGCCUACGAUCAUUGAUAGUGUUUGGAAAUUGGAGGCAGUUUUACAUUUCAGAUAAGAUGAGGUUGCUCCGAGUGCUGGAUUUGGAAGGCAAUUGGGAUUUAUUCAAUUAUCAUCUUGAGCAUAUUGGGAAGCUUGUACAUCUUAGAUAUCUUUCUGUAAGGGGACAUGGUCGUAUACAUCACCUGCCAAAUACGUUGGGGAAGCUGAGACAACUCCAGACACUAGAUAUUUCAGGUACAAGUAUAAUAAAGCUACCAAGGACCAUCAUUAAACUUGUGAAGAUGCAACGCAUUCUUGCUGGUGGCAUGCGAAAAACUACAGGUGGUGUUGAAGUGCCAAGAGAGAUUUGGAAACUGAAGGCCCUGCACACACUACGUGUUGUGGACAUCUCAAGUGGGAAGGCUGCUCUGGAAGAUAUAAAGAGGUUGACCCGGUUGCGCAAGUUAGGAUUGAUAGACAUCAAAAAGCACUAG